AUGGAGAGCCUCCAGUUGGCACAGAUGCUCGCCGACCUGAGUAGCCUCAACGCAGCGGAACCUAAUGCUGCUGCAGCCCUCGUGACGGCAAACAAGGCGAUCGAAACCGUUGAGAAGAGCGGCACCGGCAUCACUGCUCCUACCGCCACCAAGCGCCCAACCGACGAGCUGCGCCGCGCACACAGCUCCCAGACUUCGCGCCCCGGCACGGGAACUGCCACGCCCGUUCGGGUCGACAAAUUUGGCCGCCGCAUCAUGAUGAGCCCGCCGGCGCUCUCGCGGUCCAACUCGGCACAGGGUUCGAUCCCUGGCACGCCAAAGGGCGGUUCUGAUGUAUGGAUCUUUGCUCCCAUUUCCUCUCCUCAGCAACGCCUCUACGAUCAGUCAAAAACUUACAUCGGUGUUGUGGAACAGGGCGAAGACGACCUGGAUAGGGCGUCAACACUUAUGGCGCUAUACGAGAUCCGGGCCAAGCUGAAGCAGCAGGACAGUAGCAGUCUGAUGAAGGCACGAGAGAAGAUUGCCGACCUCGCCCAACGGCAACAGCAACAACAGCAGCAAGGCGGCUCGAACAAGAAGGAGCCCGAGAAGCUCACCUCGCGAUUCACGUUUCCCAAGUAA